UGUUCUAGAAGCUGUUAAAGUGCCUUUUUCACUUCUCUAUCCCUCUGCAUUCCUUUUUUCGGAUAUUCUACUUUGCUCUUUCAUUGAAUCUUUGCAAUCAUGGCACCAUCGGAGGAAUCCAUUCUGGGCAAUUUCCUUCUCUCUCCUGCCCCUUUGCCUACAGUUAUAUCUCUGCAAAAGUUCACCGAGCUUUUUCCAAAGAGGCUUCGCUCUCAUCCGCAGAUCAGGGUCUUGUACCGAGAGCUGCAACAGUUACGGGAACAGGACAUGAACUUGGUCAAUGAGAAUAUUGACAAAGAAGUUCAAAGGGGCGAGCGGCAAAAGAUGGAGCUGCGAAAGGCCCUGAGUGCGACAGGGGUAGAUGGAAUCAGCGACGGCGAGCAGCGCGAAAUGGACAUGGAUGUCCAGCUUUUUGGGCAGCCAUCCACUAAAUCUCCGGAAACUCUUCAUACACUGUCUAGUCUGCUAUCCGAGAUGGAAGCAGCCUGUUCCGCCCUCGAGGCUGAGAUAUCUGCUACAGAAAAGGAAGCAGCCACAACGCUAGCGGACCUCCACACUACUGUCGGCGAAAUGAGUGAUCUGCGCUACGGAAAAUUCAACAAACCGGCAGGCACCGCCGGCGAUAUUACCGGCGAGGCUAUCAAAGGUCUCAAGAGUCUCGAAGACGCUUGCAAUCGCGCAACCAUGUGAUUGAGACGUUCCGGCUCCGAGCAAUAAUCAGCCUUCGGUUGAUUGCUUCUUGAUAUUCUCAGCUUGCCUAUCUAUGUCCUCCGGAUGGUAUUGACUCAAUGGAUCGAAGCUGACUGGAACAUGUCUCCCAGCCCGAGUUCUAAUCGUUCCAUGGAGGGUCCUUGUGAGGUCAUAUGAGGACGUAGGCUUUCAGUGAACUCUUUAUUUUCAGUCUACUACUACCAUAUGAUUCAUGAUCUGGAAAUGCCGUUUAUGCCUAGGCUAUUCUUC